AGAUAAGCCUCUUUGCAUGUAUUAGUUUUAUUGAACUUUUACAACAAAAGUUAGUAAGUAAUAUUAAGAUUAAUAUACAAUAUUUUUUCUUCUUCAUUUUUGUGAUUUAAACGAGCGAACACUCAGUAAAAUUUUUUUUAGUUUCAUUAUAUAUAUUAAUAUCAAUUUAUAAUGAUGAAUGCACUACUUCAGGGUUUAAAAAAUAUAGCUAUUAGUACUGCUCGUGUUGAUACGUAUCGAUACAUGGCUAGUCUUCAACAAAUGCACAGGACUGGUCCUCAUAUAAAACCUUUAUUUAAAAGAAAUCCUUUAGGUGAUAAUCCAUUUCUGAAAGGAGUCGUUUUAAAAACUUUAAUUCGAAAACCAAAGAAGCCAAAUUCUGCAAAUCGUAAAUGUGUUAUGGUACGGUUGAGUAAUGGAAAAGAAAUGAUAGCUUAUGUACCUGGUGAAGGGCACAAUUUGCAAGAACAUAAUGUGGUUUUAGUUCGUAAUGGUAGAUGUAAAGACUUGCCUGGUGUCAAAAUUACAUGUGUAAGAGGAAAGUAUGAUUUACCCCAUGUUGUCAAAAAGAGUCAAAUGAAUUCAUAGUGUUAAUUGAUUUGUAGUUUGUAUUAUUUAAAUAUUUAAAAAAAUAAAACUUUUGUACAGUUCCAA